UUAGGGUGGGGUUCCUUAUCCUAAUCCUCCCACUUUAAAAUUAUCUUAGACUAUUUUUGACAAGAAUAAAAGGAAUUUCAUUAGGUUAACACCGUAAAAUUAGGUUAAUGGUGGAAAUUUGGCCAAAUGUUGUAAGAUACAACAUUUACCUUUUAAUAGGUAGUUUCUUACAAUACUUUUAUAUAUAUUAGGUUUUAUUAGGUAGUUUCUGACAAAAAUCCUAACACAUAUGAGAAAGUUAAAAUUACUUAGCAGUGUAGUACGAGUAUUAACAAAAAAAGCGAAAUAUCCCUGCCAAAAACAGGCAUUUUAUUGGAGCCGCCUACUUAGACAUAUGAGUAGAUCAUUUUAGUGGUUCAAAAAACCAAAAGCUUACUCAUACUCCAAUUAAUGACCUAUCUUUACAAAAGAGUAAAAUCCCGAGUAAACAUGCUACGUCUAUUCCGUGUAAAUGGCUUCUCUUUUUUGACAUCUUCCAAAAUAUUAGUAACACCACAAGCAAAAAACAACCUAUUUGUUCCCAUAUACAACCCAAAUCGCUUCUGGAGAAGCAGUAACAUUUUGAGAAACAGUGACAAUUUCGGGGCAUCAAUAAAUUGUGCUUUGAAUCGUUCAUCAAAGGAUGUUAAUGAGAAUUCUACGGCAAGGCUCCAACAAGGAGAGUUUAUCAUUCCUAAACACGUCGCCAUAACCUUGGAUGGGUGCAGGAGAUGGCAUAAAGCCCGUGGCCUAGACCUUGAUUAUAAGUCUUUUUUUCAGGCUAACUUGAGGUUUGUUGAGUAUUGUCUUAAAUGGAAAGUUGCCACUGCCACAAGUUACAUCUAUGGACUUAGAAAUUUUAAGCUCCGAUCUAAGGAAGCGGUAGAUUUUUGUAUGGGGCAAUUUGAAACUUUUUUAGAGGAAGAAAUGGAAAAUCUUAAAAGGAAAGGAGUAAGAGUGUCAAUAGUAGGAGAAUGGUACUUGUUAUCCGACUCAUGUCAAGCCACAAUAAAGAAAGUAGAGGAAGCAACAAAACAAAAUACAAAACUUGAUUUAAUCUUAGCAGUAUGCUACACUUCACAGAGCGACAUAGUUCAAGCAACAAGAUAAAUUUGUCACAAAGUGAAGGAAGCAUUACAUUAGAAGAUGUUAAUGAAGAUUUGAUUGAACAACAUCUUUCUGCUUGUGGGUCUCGACCCCUUCCCGACCUAUACAUACGAACGAGCGGCCUACUCCGCAUUGGCAUGUUGAUGGGGUGGCAAGUUGGCGAUGUUGAGCUAUACUUUACCAACACCUGUGCACCUGACUUCGGCGAAGAUGAGUUCCUUGACGCUUUGCGUUCCUAUCAACAAAGGACUAAUAGGUUGUUUGGCCGUUAAAAUGAGAGCAAUAUAUUACAGUUUCUUCUGGCCAAUGUUGUUAAAUUUCUAGGUUGUGGUGCAUGCUUCUUGAUUGUUCUUAAAAUUGCGAGACACCUUAUAGUAUUUUUUAUUAAUCAUGAAAUAAUAGAGCCCCAAUGUCAAACUUUUUUUUUUUUAAUAAAAUAAAAAAAGCUUUCACUUUUAAGUAAAAUUAUGUGACGCCUCACUUUUUCAUAUCCUAUUUCAGAAUAAUAAAGUGUUUGUUUGAUUGACAUGAAAAUGUAUUGAAGUUAGAACAUG